UUUUCAUCUCUCUUUAUAACUCCCAACUCAUCUUCAAAAGAUUUUUCUCAGCAAGCAAAAAGAAAGUGAAAAAACAGAGCUUUACAGAGUAGAAAGAACAGGGGUUUCUUUGUUUCUUUUCAAGCCCCCCUCCACUAUCCUUUUCCUUGUUUUCUUUUCGGGUCCUCUCUUCUUUUUCCCCGUAUCCUUGUUUUUUCUCGGGAUUGUCUAAACAUGGGUUCUUCUAAACUCCAUCAGAAUGAUGCAAACUGUGUUUGGGUUGAUGGGCCUAUCAUUGUAGGUGCAGGGCCAUCGGGUCUAGCAACAUCAGCUUGCCUUACUCAGCAGGGUGUCCCUUCUCUUAUUCUUGAGAAAAGUGACUGCUUAGCUUCUCUAUGGCUACUUCGAACCUAUGAUCGUCUCAAACUCCAUCUCCCCAAACAGUUUUGUGAAUUGCCACUCCUUGGUUUCCCUCACAAUUUCCCCAAGUACCCAAACAAGCACCAGUUCAUCUCUUACUUAGAAUCCUACGCUGGACACUUCUCAAUCCAACCUAGGUUCAACCAAGCGGUGCAAAACGCAGAUUACGAUCACAUUUUGGGGUUCUGGAGGGUUAAAACUCAAGAUUCUGAAUACAUUUCAAGGUGGCUUAUUGUAGCUACUGGUGAAAAUGCUGAGCCUGUAAUACCAGACAUUCCUGGGAUUAACAAGUUCAACGGUUCUGUCGUUCAUACUAGUUCGUAUAAGUCGGGUUCUGAGUUUAAAAACCAAAGGGUUUUGGUCAUUGGAUGUGGCAACUCCGGCAUGGAGGUCAGCUUAGACCUUUGCCGGUACAAUGCAAUCCCUCAUAUGGUUGUUAGAAACACGGUGCAUGUAUUGCCAAGGGAGAUGUUUGGUUUCUCGACAUUUGGAAUAGCCAUGGCGCUUAUCAAAUGGUUCCCAUUAUGGCUAGUAGAUAAGUUCCUGUUGCUGGUUGCUAACUUCAUCUUAGGCAACACUGACCAAGUAGGUCUCCGGCGACCAAAAGCUGGUCCAAUUGAGCUCAAGAAUGUCACUGGAAAGACACCGGUACUCGAUGUUGGUGCAUUAUCACAGAUAAAAUCUGGGGAAAUUAAGGUAUUUCAGGUGAUGGAAGGUGUGAAAGAGAUAACAGGAAAUGGAGCUAAGUUUAUGGAUGGACAAGAAAAGGAGAUUGAUUCUAUAAUCUUGGCAACUGGGUACAAAAGCAAUGUGCCUACUUGGCUCAAGGGAUGUGAUUUUUUCAACAAAGAUGGCAUGCCAAAAACGCCGUUUCCUAACGGAUGGAAAGCAGAGAAGGGAUUAUACACAGUUGGGUUUACAAGAAGAGGGCUCCUAGGAACGGCUUCUGACGCCGUUAAAAUUGCUAGGGACAUUGCUCAACAAUGGAGGCCAAACAACAGUUGUAGUAAUUCUUAUGUUAUCCUGCUCAAAGAAACAUGAUUCUAAAACAAAAUAAUAAUAAAUACAAAAAUACUUCUAAGUUCGAUUUUA